UACCGAGCUUUCUAAACCCUCUCAUCGUAUUUUACAAACCCUGACAGCAAUUUAUUAUAAAAAACAGUGCCUGUAAGCUUUUCGACACCAUUAUGGUUAUAAUCCGACGGCUGGCAGGCUUCCAUCGAUCCAAUUGAACCCUCGUAACCAUUGCAUCAAACACUUGCUCGUCUACCAAUUAGAUUUCAUCUCAUUUUCUAUCUCUUCUGCCGGAGCGUUUCACUUAUAGCAAAAUUUCCCGUUUGCUACAGAAUCUUUGAAUGGGGAGGUUGCAGUGGAGCAGUCGAAGAAAAAUGAGUUGAAAAGCAGCAUUAGUUACAGUACGAUUCAAGCAUAUAUUGUGAAGAAAAUAAACGCGGUCUUUUGAAAUUUUAGAAAUGGUAAAUGGACCUUCAGAAUUGUCAUGCAUGCAUUCACUCACACAGGGGCAUGUGCACUUAUAAAUGCACACGUGGAUGUGUGUACGCACACAUAUACAUACACAGCCACACAUACUCACAUGCAUGCAUAUGGCACUCCCAACCUACCACAUGCACACACAAGUGACUCAUAGCUAGAGAGAUUUGCCUAGACACAAACAUGAUAUGGCGAGCUUGCUAUUCAAAAGCCAGUUACAGGAGUAUGCUCAAAAGGCAUGCAUUUCUGCACCGGUAUACGAGACUUCAAAAGAAGGGCCACCCCAUGUUCCUAACUUUAAGGCAUCUGUCAUUAUAAAUGGAGUCAGAUAUGAAUCUCCAGAUCGUUUUCGCAACCGCAAACUUGCUGAGCAUGCAGUAGCUCAGAUUGCUCUUCAGGAAUUGCUCAAAGCAGCUAAUGGAGAAGUGACUACAACUAAUCCAGUUUAUGAAACAGGAUUAUGCAAAAACCUUCUUCAGGAAUAUACUCAAAAAAUGAGCUUGCCUGUUCCUUCAUAUAAAUGUUCAAAGGAAGGAGAGGGUCAUGCGGCUAGUUUUACUUCUACUGUAGAGAUUGCAGGGAUUUGCUAUCAGGGAGGCCCUGCAAAAAGUAAGAAGGCUGCAGAAAUUAAGGCAGCUCGAACUGCACUAACUGCAAUUCAAGCACAGCAAGGUUUUCAAGGAAAUCUUGCAAGCCCCACAACCAACCACGUUGAUGGUUUUUCUGGAUCAUGGAGCUCUCAGGCUGAGGUUCAUGCUGGCAUGAAGAGAGAUAGAGCAGCUGAGCAACCAUCUACAUCUGGAAGGCGCAAGGGAAAGAGGAACAAAAAAUAUAAGGCAUCAAGAAAGAAGAAAGAAGUUAUUGAAGUUUCCACUGAGAAAGAAAAAAUAUUGGGGGAGACUUCCUCGAAUGGUACAGAAAAUGGGCAGGAGAGAGCAUCUGCACAGAAUGCAACUGCGAUAAACAUUGAUGACACGCAGAAGAAUCCAAAGGGAGAGAUGUCCAUUGACGAGGGAGUGGACAUAAAACAAGAAGAAGGGCUUGGCUCAACAGACAAUCAGGAGCAGUUGCUGGCUGAGGUUGUUGCAUUGGUGGAUGCUAAACUGGAGAAUCAAGGUGCAGAUAUUGUAGUUGACACUGAAAGAAAUGAUGAAAAUGCUAAGCUGGAGAAAAUUGAGAGUGUAGAUGGGAAUAUGGUUGUUGAUUCUGAAGGGAAUAUUGAAGAAAGUAAUCAAGAGAAAAACGAGAUAGAAUGUGGUGAUAUGGUAGUUGAUUCUCAGGGGACUUAUGAAAAUGAUAAGCAGAAGAAAAAUGAGAGUCAAGGUGGGGACAUGGUAUCUGUUCCUCAAGGGGUUGAUGAACAAGGUAAGCAGGUGACAACUGAAGAUACAGAUGAGUGUUGUUUGGAGAAAGGACAGAACAAACAAGUGUUAAUAGAUCCACUUCCCGUGGAGAAAGAGACUACCCAACAAGAGUUACUGGAUCCCCUGAUGGAUCAUGAAGACUGUAAUUAAGAGACUAACCAGGAGAUUGAGGGACCUCCAGAUAGAGAGUCGAGAGGAUCACAAAUAGACAAGAUAAUAUAGUUCAAGAAGAGGCUUAACCUCUUUUAGUGAUUUGAUUUGUGGGCACUCUGAUUUUUCCACUUGGGACACAUGGCACGUUUGACCACUUUGUCUUUGUUGGCAUUCUCUCUACAAAAUUUGAGUAACUAUUUUCUGUUCCCGGCCUAAAAAUCUGAAGAUCAUUUAUGCUGAUGCAUAUAUGUUGAGGGAUAGCUAUGGGAAUACAAUUGCCCAAAACUCUUUAAUAUUUAAUAUACAAGGCAGUUUGGUAUA